AUGAAUACAAUAGCUGAAAAAAGUUUAAGUGUCAGUAUACUUUUUGUUGAAAGAUUUGUUAAAGUAGGAAAUUCCUUGAAAGAAGUUCAUCAAAUAUUUAAAUGUCUUUUACGAUAUUGUUAUGAACUACAUCAGAUAGCAGACAAUAAUAAGGAAUUAAAUGAAGAUAUUGAUAAUAAAAUUUGUCAUCAAAAACAAAAUUUUGAUGAUAUACGAAAAUGUAUCGAAAUUUUAUAUGCUAAACAAAAGUUAGAUCCCAUAUUUGUUUCAUUCGAUGAUUGUAUUAAAAAUAACGAUGAACGAACUGUUCAUUAUAUAGGAGCAUAUCUUAGACAAACUAUGAUGAAUCGGGUUGAUGAUUAUAUGAAGAGUCUUGCAUUAUUUCGACAUAAAUUUUUACUCAAUUCCAUUCGAGAAACUAUUAAAAAUAAAACAGCUGAUAAUAUAUUAGCAACUCAAGCUUUGUCUUAUUUAGUUAUUGAAUUUUUGGCUAGUAAAAAUAAUACAAUACCAUUAGUAGUCAUUAAUUCUCUGCAUAUACAACUCGAUAACACCACACAUAGUCAUUUUGUAUAUGUACAAACUAAAAUUGACGAUUUGACUAAAAUGCGACUUCGAUUUUCCAAUGUAGAAAAAGUUUUACCUGAAUUCAGUGAAUUAUUUGGACAAUUAUUAAAUGAUAAAUAUGAUCAUUUAUCUGAACAAGAUGCUUUUUUUUCUUUUAAUGACCAAAUUAGAAAAUAA